AUGCUUUCCAUCAUUGAUUUUGUUUCAGUACUAUUCUUGAUUGUAGCGGCUCAUGCUGCUAAACCUCGUGGAGGUAGCGGGUUCGAUGAAAACAAUGUGGUUACGUGGGGAAAUGUCUUGAAACUCAAACAAGGGAGAGAAGUUCAGCUCACCAUGGAUAGAGCUCAAGGUUCUGCCUUUGAGUCUAAACACAACUACGGAUCAGGAUUCUUCCAAACAAGAAUCAAAUUGCCUCUAAAAGAUACUGCCGGCGUUGUCACAGCUUUUUACUUGACUUCUAAGGGAAACUCCCACGACGAGCUUGACUUUGAGUUCUUGGGUAAUAGAGGAGGAAAACCAAUAGCACUUCAAACCAAUGUGUUUGCCAAUGGCCGAGGGAAUAGAGAACAAAAGUAUAAUCUUUGGUUCGACCCCACCGCAGAUUUUCACACUUAUGGGAUCCUCUGGAAUCAAUAUCAAAUUGU